AUGUUUCGUGUACUUACAAAUUCGACAACACCAAUUAGUGGUGUAGGUCGAUUUUUUUUAGCGCAAGUACGUAAUGCAACAGUUGGAGCAUCUACAACCACUGCACCAGAAAAAAACCGUGAAGCAUCAUCGCGUAUAAAAACUGUUUCAAUUUAUCGCUGGAACCCUGAAGAACCAGAUAAAAAGCCUUAUUUACAAGAUUAUAAAAUAGAUUUAAAUGACUGUGGUCCAAUGGUUCUUGAUGCUCUUAUUAAAAUAAAAAAUGAACAAGAUACUACAUUAGCUUUUCGUCGUUCAUGUCGUGAAGGUAUUUGUGGAAGUUGCUCAAUGAAUAUUGAUGGACGAAAUACACUUGCUUGUAUCUGCAAAAUUGAAGAUUCAAAUAAACCAUUAAAAAUUCAUCCACUUCCACAUAUGUAUGUUAUCAAAGAUCUUGUUCCGGAUUUUACAAAUUUUUAUAUGCAAUAUAAAACAAUAGAACCUUUUUUAAAACGUAAAACAUCAACACCAGUUGGUGACAAACAACUUUAUCAAAGUGUUGAGGAUCGUAAAAAAUUGGAUGGCAUGUAUGAAUGUAUUCUUUGCGCUUGUUGUUCAACAUCAUGUCCAAGUUAUUGGUGGAAUGCUGAUAAAUAUCUUGGACCUGCUGUUCUUAUGCAAGCUUAUAAAUGGAUUGUUGAUUCACGUGAUGAAUAUACAAAAGAACGUCUGGAACAAUUUCGUGAUUCAUUUUCAGUUUAUCGUUGUCAUACAAUUAUGAAUUGUGCUGAAUCUUGUCCAAAAGGUUUAAAUCCUGGAAAAGCUAUUGGAGAACUGAAAAUGUUAUUGGCUAAUAUUGGAUCAAUGCCACCGAAAAAUUCGUCAACUGUUGGAGUUGAAUAUAAAUGA